AUGACCAACUUCGAGAAGUCGGUAAAGGGGGCUACCAAGCUCAAGCUUGCGGCCCCUAAAUCUAAAUACGUCGAAACAAUCUUGGUGGCGACUCAUACCGGCGAGGCAGGUGUCGCAGAGAUCUUCCGAACACUCCAGCAUAGGCUUCGAGACUCAGCAUGGACAAUCGUGUUCAAGGCGCUUAUCAUCGUUCACCUUAUGAUCCGGGAGGGCCAGCAAGACGCAGCGCUGUCUUAUCUUUCCGACAACCCCAAGAAGAUCGCACCCAGCAACUUCUCCGAAGCGCAAUCACAGGGACAUAACAUCCGACGAUAUGCCGAGUACCUUAUGACGCGCGCCAAAGCAUUCGACGCUACCAAAACCGACUACGUGCGGAGCGGACCCGGACGCCUGAAGCGGUUGAGCGUGGAUAAGGGUCUUCUAAGGGAAACAGAAGUUGUACAGAAGCAGAUUCGUGCGCUGUUGCGAUGCGAUCUAUUGACAGACGAACCCGAGAAUGAGAUCAGUUUGACUGCGUUCCGCCUCCUCACACUCGACCUUUUGGUGCUGUACUCUGUCAUGAACGAAGGAACUAUCAAUGUCUUGGAGCAUUACUUUGAAAUGUCGAGACCGGAUAGUGAACGUGCCUUGGCAAUCUACAAGACAUUCACAAAACAGACGGAGGAAGUGGUGCAGUUCUUGGGAGUUGCUCGGCACUUCCAAUCCGCCACCCGGUUGGAGAUCCCGAAGCUCAAGCAUGCUUCCACCGACUUGGCGCGCCUCCUUGAAGAUGAUUUGAAUGAUCCGGACUUCGACCUUCGCCGGCGAGAAUAUCUGGCUGGUAAAGGGAUCAAGAAGGAUGGGCGUGCGCCGACCUCUGGUGCCGAAUCCGCCUUCGCAGAGCCCUCUUCCAGCAACCAAUCUAAGCCCAUGCCAAACCCGCCCAAGCAGGCUGAAGCGCCGAAGCAAGCCCCUACGGAUCUGAUUGACUUCUUUGACUCCAUUGAACAGAACCAACAACCAAUGGCCCAGCCCGCUGGAGUGGCCUAUCAACAAACGGGCUUCCAGCAGCAGCAACAGCCACAGCAAGCUUUCUAUCCUCAGCAGACUGGUUUCCCUCAGCAGCCUCAGGCCACUGGGUACGGCCAGCAGAAUGCAUAUGGCCAAGGCUUCCCCCAGCAAAACACUGGCAAUCCCUUCGGCCAGCAGCAAAUACAGCCGCAGGCGCAGCCACUCCAAUCAAUGCCCACUGGGGCAGGAUUCGGUGGAUAUUCGGCGCAGCCACAGUCCUACGGAUAUCAAUCACAGCUGGCUCCCAUUCCACAGAACGCGGUCCCGUCGUUCCCUCAGCAGCCUCAGCAGCUACAACAGCCGCAGGCAUUGCAGCCCCAGCACACUGGCGCCAAUCCCUUCCGGCAAUCAAUGCUACUCAACAACCCCACGGGUGGGGCACCGCCUGCACCUGCUUCCCCUCUUCAACGGCAAAACACAAACCCAUUCGCCAAACGCCUAUCUAUGGCACAGCCCAACUACAAUCAAGGAGCCCCCGAGCCCGUACCUCAGGUUCCUCCAGUCCCCCAGGUCCCGCAAGCCCAGGCCCAGCCGCAAGCACUUCAGCCCCAACGCACGGGAACCAACCCAUUCGCUCGUAGCUCGUCCGUGCCGCCUCCCCAGAACGGAGGACUGCAGCCUCCAGCAGCAGCUCCUCUGCGGCCCAACCCGACCGGAAGUACCAAUCCCUUCCGCCAAAGUCAGUUCAUCAACCAGCAAACUGGCCAAGGGUGGCAGACCGGCCAAAACGGUACAAUGGGUGGGUUAGAACAGAUGGAAACAGUCUCUGUCUUCCCGAGACCGGGCAUGGCAUAA